CGGCACUGGCUGGCUGGAUGGAGGAAAGACAAACAACAGUGAUGACGAGCGUUGGCGUCAACAAGGUGGCUGCUGCUGUGGCGGUGGUGCUUGCCGUUCUUGGCCUGGCUGGCACUGUACAUGCUCAGCUGCACAAGGGAGACUGGCCACAGUUUGGACGCACACCCAACUUUCACAGCUUCAACGAUGUGGGAAACAACGGAGGACACGCCGAAUGGUCGUACAACGUUCACAACAGGGUUGUUGCCUCACCGGCUGUGGGUGGGGGCAAGGUGUUUGUUGGCUCUGACGACUCCAAGCUUUACUGCUUCAACCAGACAUCGGGCAAGGUGCUGUGGACAUUUGCCACGGGCAACGCCGUCCGCAGCAGCCCUGCCCUGGCGCAGGAUGGAUCCGUGGUCUUUGGCAGCUAUGACGGCCAUGCCUACCGUGUCUCUGGCGAAGGCAAACUGCUUUGGAAGACCCAGAUUGGCGGACACGUGUAUUCCCCGGCGACCAUUGCCGCGGACGGCAGCGUGCUGAUUGGUUCUGGCACAGGACAGUUGUUCCGCCUCAACUUCCACUCGGGCAAGGCCAUCUGGGCCUUCGACUCCCACCACAGCCUGCCCAUGAACAGCGGGCCAGCCAUUGGCGACAAGCACCCCGACAUUGUCGUGGUGCGCAGCUACGACCAGUACGUGUAUGCUGUCAACUUCACGUCGGGCGAGCUCGUGUGGCGCGUGAACACACACGGCGGCGGCGGCUCCAGCGCGUGCAUUGUCGACGAUACGGUGUACAUUGGCUCGUGGGACCAGAACCUUUAUGCAAUCAACAUCAUCACUGGCAAAGUCCUCUGGACCUUCAACACCCACGGCGAGAUUGAAUCGCACCCGGCGUAUCAAGAUGGAAUCUUGUACGUUUCAUCCGAGGAGUCCAUCACCGUCUUUGCUCUUAACGCAACCACAGGUUCUGUGCUGUGGACGUACAGCAACAGCACGCAGGAGUUCAACGGGUCCCCGUCGCUUUCGCGAGAGCUUGUCUUCAUCGGCGCCAACGACCACAACAUGCACGUCCUUGAUCGCUUCACAGGAGAACUCAAGUUCAAGUUCCCCACGUGUGCCAAUGUGUUUGUGUCCGCUGCCAUUGCUGACAACGGCAUGGUGUACUUUGGCUGCAACACCGCCACCCUUGAUGCUGAUGCUGGUCCUGACACUGAUGAUGAUGAUGAUGGCAGUGAGAACCUGGGCGCGGUGUAUGCAGUCAACCCAGCCCUCCAUCUCUGAUGCGCCUUGCAUCUGUUUCCGCGUGCCUUCGGUCGUUGAAACACCGCGCUUCCCGUAUCAGCUUUCCUGCACACACACACACACACGCACACACACGCACACACACACACACACACACACACACACACAUACACACACACACACAGGUUUUCUCUCUGUCUCUCUCUCUCUCUGUUGUCGCGCUGCCUGCUAUCCCUCCCCAAUUCGUCUUGCUUGGCAUCAGCCUUUUCGGUGGUUCGAGUCCAUUACAUUCAUUGCACUCAUGCAACAUGCGUGCGCACACGCGCAAACACCCAAUAUGAGAAGAGGUGAAAGAAGUCCAG